ACAUCAAAAGUAGUUGGAUUUUUCCAUUCAACCUAUCCCUCAAAGUUUGUUUCCUUGUGACAUUUAUAUGAGGUUAUUGUGAACUGUUCUCAUAUUGAUGAAAUCGUCGUGGCAGGAGACACAUUCUACAAAUGGCAGAAGGAGGAAUCGGGUGUACAGAUUCAGAGACUGGAAGUGUCCCCAGACACAGCAGUCUGUACAGUCGUCACUCUCAGAAUUAUGUAGAGAGUGUGUCUGUUGAGAUCUGUACUAUAAUGACCCGGCUGGGAUACGGCGAGGAGAUGAGACGGUGGCGCGUUGCGACGUACAGGGAGUGUGACAGACUGAGAAAUGCACACCUAAGUAAUAGAUCGGCAAGCAAAAGUAUUGGCACUUUAAUCACAGCUGGCAGUAAGGGAGAAGGGCUGACCUGCUCUUUAGAAAGCGACUAUGACAGUCUAUUCUUGCUGAAAAAUGUCAUCUGUUUGGAAGCUGGUAUCAAUCUGUACAGCAAACCAGACGACUUAAAUGUGUACAGGAUGGAUACACAUGUAUAUCCAGGACACUGCAGACUUUUAUUAGAGAGACACACGUCUAGUUGUCUCAAAAUAAUCCACAAUGCUCUGUGUUAUAAUGGAAAUGGGGACGUUCUAUUGAGCAGUAGUUUAUUGUUAGAUGAAUUUUCGUCCCUUUAUGCACAUACCGGUAUACGCGAAGUGGUGCAACAUAAAUGCGUGGGACCGUCAUCACCAAUUUCCGUUUGUGGGAUUUUGCAUACAGACAACGUACUCGGACUUCGAUGUUUAUGCCCAAGUGUCCUACACAGAUGGGCUGACAGGCCCCGUCAUUGGCCGUCACCAGUCAUAGUUCAGAACGUCGUAGCAUUAGGAGCGAUUCUAACACCGGUAGGAUUUAAGGGGAGUGAAUUCAAGCACAUGGAAUGGAGGAUUAACUUUAACCGCGGUGAGGCAGAACUCGUAAGCAACCUUAAUGAUACUCAGGCGAAAGUUUAUGUUAUACUAAAAAUGAUCAUCAAAGAUAUAAUCAAACCAAAAAAUAAAGAAAUAACGUCAUAUAUACUGAAAAACAUAGUUUUAUGGCAAGCUGAACGUAACCCACAGACACGCUUUAGUGCAUACAGUUUGCUUCACUGGCUGCAUGACGGUCUGAGAGAACUAAGGACUGCAAUUGCCAAAAAACAUAUGCCGUAUUACAUGAUUCCUGAACGAAAUUUAAUGGAAGCAUGUGGUAUAAACAAUAGGCUGCAUCGUAAAUGGGUAGCAGAUAUCACGGACAUGCUAGAAGAAGGUCCCGGGGUAAUACUUAGAUUGGAGAAGAUACGAAAGGCUAUUGUCGGAUCCCCGGAGCCUAUGUUGUGGUACAGCAAGAAAAGGAUGGAGCUGGAGAUGCUGAAUCUCGAGAUAAAGAAAAGAGUAGCGCAAUGUGGAUAUGAGAACGAUUUCGUGAACUCGAUAAAUUUUCGCAUUGAAGAGGUAGUGAUAGAGGUGCGACAACGAAUGAUCCAGGAGGGCUGUUCUGUAAAUGAUCUGAAAUAUAUUAAUGACGCAAUGUUAAUGUAAUAAUGAACUAACAUACUAAAAUUACACGUGUACCAUGGCUGUACUAAAGACCACACAUUCACGCAAAUAAUUAAUGUCAGUCAUCGACGGAAUUUACGGCGUAAUAUUUUCCAAUAUAUAUGCAGUAUUUAUUAAAUUAAUGAUUGUAAAAUAAUAAUGAACUAAAAACCCAUAAGCGUAUAUAUUGGUGUUUUGCAUUCUUGAAUAUGGUUGUAAAAUACGAUGUUAACGCAGGUAAGCCAUCUGAUAAAAAAAAUUAGCAUUUAUUGAUGUUUCGUGGAUUGUAAUUUUCAGUUCACAACCGUAUGUUUAAAAAAAAUUCGAUUAAAAAAAAUGUGAGCGACUACCGCAUCACGGAAUCAAUGCUUAAAGUUGCCAAAUGAUUCAUAUGGUUGGGGUUACAAAUAACAAGGGAGUCGUCGUUGACUCAAACAGCUGACUCUCUUGAAGAAUCACUGACGGUGUUAUGGCAAUGUGGAUUUCGUAUCGCCUAAAUAUGUAAUAAAAAGCAAUUCAUAUCAAAGCCAAACACAUUAAUGGUGUCCAUUUUUUCAUUAUUACUACACGGUUAUACUUGUUCUGAUAAAUGUCAAACAUCCCUACUUUUCCCCCAUUAUAAUGAUUUCAAUGAGCUUUAUUCAUAAAAAAAUGAGAGUAAUUAUCAAGACAAACAAAUUAACAACAUCAACAAUAGCUUGAUAUUUUCGAUGACUAUGGUACGCUCUGGAUCGUACAAGAUUGUCUGUUUCGCAUCCGCAUUCUAGACGUGUCUUGAUAUAUUUCCAACAAGCUAUACGCAAAUCUCAGAGUUCGAACUGAUGUUUACCGCAUAAAUGAACAAUCGCGGUGACGUCAGUUGCAGACCCGGGCUGAAUGAACUGAAACAAUAUUCUGAAUACUUCGGUGUUGUACUUUCGCACGAUAAUUUAUCGUUUUAGAAUUGCGGGAUUCUGGCUGAUCGAGGUAGUUGCUAAUAUGUCGAUAAGUCGCAUCUUCUGGUAUACAUCCUAUUUACGUGGUGUGUUACUCCGUGUACCCGAUGAUCUAUAUCCGGUACUUAUACUCUUGGCUCUGUGUGUGUGACUAGGUGUCGGAGAGAUCUGUAAAAUCAUAGCCGGGGGAGUAACACACGCGUACAAUUGAACGAAUACCUCAAAGUAUUGAUGGAUUACAUUAAUGAUGUAAUUACACGUAAAAGUAACCAUAACUGUUUUCUUAAUUAUUUCAUUCAUAAUGAGUAUUUAAUAAGUUCUUACAACUUACAAUUUAAACUGUGUGUUAGAGAAGACAUCACAGUUACAGUUGUCGAUCUUUCUUCACUUUGUAUGCGUUUCAAACUCCGCGAGUCCCUCCAUUUUUGUUAUUACUGAACGGUAUGUAAAAAUUAUUACCUGCUUCUAUUGUGUUACAGACAACACAUGUCUUCUGAGUACGACCUUCUUGACGCAGUUGUCUAAAGCAAAGAGAUUAGUUCAAUCAUAUAUUUUUAUUCGCCAUCCGAUGACAAGCAAUUAGUACAUUUGUUAACUGAGUUACAGAAAAUAUGCCAAUAUUUGACUGACUGUUUUCUCAACAUACUCGUAAUUGAGUUGUUGUUCGUACCCACCGGUUAAUCUUUUCAUCGCACAGUCUGAACGAGCAGAUAUUGUAACGGUUGUCAAUGAGGACUGAGACACUCCUGUCAAGAUAAAUGGCAUUCGCUAUCGUUAUAUCUGCUAUUGUGUUUAUGU